CAGUUUCAGAGUAGCCGAAGGGCAGUUUGUAGUUUGUUGUCUUCCAUCCGCCUUCACUCAACAUCCCGCACCAUCAUUCCCAUUCGCUCUCUCUCUUUCCUUUUUUUUUUUCAUUGAUCAUUCCGCAUUCUCUCCAUUCUUCUCUCAGACUAGAUCAGCCUGAAUAUGUCUCGCACUAUAUCCGUGCGUAUACUCGGCAUACAACAGAAUAUCGUUGCCACAAAAAAAAAAGGCUAACCAAUUGCCCUGUUCUUUGAACGUUUGUAGAGAUUUCAAGAGGCAUGGCCAUCUGCAACCAUGCUCAUAGUGUCACUUGAAACGAUAUCUGUUCUUGUACUCGAAUCUCUCGUGCUCCGUGAGCACAUCCUCCACAUCGACCAAAUCCCAGCAGGGGAUUCAUUAAGCGGCGACCAAAAAGCAGUUGGGAAUGCACUAAGCACCCCCAACGUUAUUUACCCCGUUCUAUACAUCCUGGCCAUGAUCAGCUUGUUUUCGCUCUGUGUCGAUGCCAUGUACCAUCGGAAUCAGAUCCAGGUCGUGGCACUUACUUUUUUUAACUUUCUGUGUUUCGCCUAUGGCAUUAUCCAAACCAUCUACGACUGGCAAGCUGCCGAAGCAGGUGGUCCUUUAGCUGCCGGAGCAGGUGAUCCUUUGAAAGCAUUCAAUGUGGCAAUUACGGUGACAAUAGGCGUCUGCUCUCUCUUCCUCGUCUGGGCUGCCUACAAAUUAGCAGCAGUCUUCGGAUGGGAGAUGUACCGCUUUCUCGGCGCCGACCUUAACAUGCGAAGAAUGCAUAAAGGAUAUGAAAUUCUCAUCACGUUGUUAAAGUUCGACGUGUUCUUUUUUGUGGCAUUCGCGAUUCAGAUGUUCACUCUCGUGGAUACGACGGACAGGACCAUCAUCGCCACAUUCAACGGUAGAACACUUGCUCGCCAACAGCUCUUUAUCGGCCUCUCUAUCCCUGCAGCAGUCCUCCUCCUCGCGCUCGCUUUCUUCGGCGUUAUGAGAGAAAGCAGAAUUGCGACUAUAUUUGUCAUGCUUUGCCUGACAGCUGUGGAGCCUUACUUCAUCUAUCAACUCGUCUACCUGCAUCGCCCAGAAAACAGCGCACGGUUCAUCAAUUCGAUAAAGUAUCUUACUUUUUUCAUUGGUGUCACUAUGGUGUUGGUCCUGUUGACACUAUUCCCCAUGAUCUACUGCUUCCGCAACUUUGGCAAGGGCUUACUGAUCUCGGAAAAGAGCAGGAUUGUGGCGCCAAGACGUCCUUUUGAGAUUGACGAGGACCAUUCAGAAUCGGAGCCAUCGAUCCCAUUGGAACUCAAGCGUGGGGAGGACGGUACAUCCCAGCAAUUGAUGGCAUAUCCGGCGCUGAAAAAGAUUCAGAAGGACUACCAUAUCAAGCCUACAAGUGGCCACUCGUCGAAGGAUCAAAAGGAGAGCCACGAGAAGGGACAAGACAGCCUGUCCGACGGAUUACAUUCCAGUGCGCGAUCAUAUCAUGGCAAAGUUGAGAUUGAAUAAAGAUGGGCUGCAGCAAAUAAACAGACUAUCGUCAAAACGCGACGAGGUCGAGUCCUCUGGCGCAGUAUCAGCAUUGUAGAGACGUCACGACAAAGCAUAUAAAAAAAUUCUUG